AUAAAGCUAAUUCGGAUUCUGAAGAUGAAGCUGAAUUAAGCAAUAUUGUUGGUUCAUCCUCUAAAGUAUUUCAAAAAAACGCUAUUGAUUAUCUUUCGGACACAUGGUAUUCAGUUGAUGAGGAUAUAAUUAUUAAUUGUUGGAAAAAGACAGGAAUUCUUCCUGCUGCUGAAGAAGAAGAAAUGACUUACGCUACUGAAUUUCAGGAAGAAGCAAAAUUUCUUGACAAUAAUAAUCUUAAUGCACUUCUAGAUGAGUUACCUAUAAAGGAUGACUAUGCCGCCACACUUACUUCUGCAAUAGUUAAUUAUUUUAAUGAUAUUGAUCAAAUUAUUGCAACCGAAGAAGCAUUAACAGAUCAGCAAAUAAUCACUCUUGUUCAAGAUGAAGAAUAUAAUAAUGUUGAAGAUGACCCAGAAGAUUCGGUUAAUGAACCACCUGAACAAAAUUAUGAGUAA